UCCUGUCCAAUGAAAUGUGACAAUUAUAUAUCACCUGAUCGUCACAAUAUAAUCCACGUUGCUAUAGUGAUAUAAAGAUUUUUGAAUUUGUUCUAUUAAAUGCUCUAUUUUAUUUUUAUUUACAAAAUCCAUAAACUGAUAAAAUGUUGACGCGAAUGCCAUCCGUACACUGUGGAAUUAUGAAAUUACCGCAAUAUUCGGAAAAGGAUUGGUUUUAUUCAAACAAACAAAAGUGUGAUAAUGCAAACAGGAGAUGUUCUUUAGCUAAAGUUUAUAUAGAAGAGUGUAACAGAGCAUGUGACGAAUUACAUGAAAGAGCAAUACGUGAUAAUCAACAUAUUGGAAGAACUUAUGAAGAGAGAAUUAGAGAGAUAAAAUUUUGGAAAAAUGAGGCCGAUAAUCGAGUUGGACGUCUACAGGUGUGCAUAAACAGAUUAUUAGAAUUCAAAGAUCGGUUGAGAAACGCUUUAGCUCAUUAUUCACCAUUGCUAACAACAGUUUCUCAAUGUUUAUUAUUAAGAACAGAUCGGCAAGGAAUUGAAAGAGUGGAUGACAAACCACAACAAAUGUUACAAAAAGGACUGGUUUAUUUUCAAGAAUUAAUUAAAUCUUUAGAAUUUAUGUUAAAUAACAUAAUGGGACAAAUAAGAUUAGACAGGACUGCAGUUUUUAGAUUAAACCAGGAUUUGAAUGAUAAAUAUGCUGCAUUAGACAUAGAUAUGAUUACAGAAAAUAUUUCACUUCCUAAACCACCAUUAGAGUUACAACCUGGAUUCUGUCCUGAACCAAGAACAAUAACAAUAGAUGAUUGGCUGGGAUUUUGUAAACAUAACAUUAAGAGAGCUGAAGAACAAGAAGAAAUCUCUCAAAAACUUUAUACCAAAGCAGAAGGAAUAUUGAAUGAGUGCUAUAGAGAUUUUCAUAAACAAUAUAAUCUUAUAAUUGAGUCUAUGGAGGAUAGAAUAGAACAAACAAGACAGGCAAAAACUGUAUUAGAAAAUCAUUUAGCAAAGAUAAUAAAACAGAUUGAGAACAUAAAUGAACCAAUUUUAAGAAUCCAAGAAUCUAUUGAUUUAAAAUUAUCUGGACUGUCACAAGCACAAAUAAGACUAAAUGCAAGAAGAUAUAGGCCACAUGCUGAACUUUGCAGAGAUAAAGUUGAAUUAGAACUUGAAAGAGAAAUAAUUCACUUGGAUGACUCUGUACAACAACUACAAACCCGAAUAAAAUGGGCAAAGAAUAUGCUCAGAUCUCUUCAUAGUGUCCGUCUGAAUAUUGAAGAUGACAUUCGCAAGAAAUCUCAUACAAUAUAUGUUGAUGAAGUUCAAUGCUUACCAUUAAUGGAGAAAAUUAAUGUUAUUCCAUUUUGACAUAUUUUUAAAUGAUAUAACUAAUAAAAUUAAAUUACUAAUUUCAAAUUAAAAAGAAACAAUUAAAAUUAAAAAUAAAUUUUUUUAUUAAUCAUACAUACCAAAGUGU